CCAGAUCUCAGAAGCCCAGAAAUAGUCACCAUGGGGGAAAAUGAGCCACCCGCAGCUGAAACUCCCUUCUCCUUCCGAUCGCUCUUCGGCCUUGAUGAUCUGAAAAUCAGUCCUGUUGCUCCCGACGCAGACGCUGUGGCGGCCCAGAUCCUGUCUCUGCUGCCGCUGAAGUUCUUUCCCAUCAUCGUCAUCGGGAUCAUCUCGCUGAUCUUAGCGCUGGCCAUCGGCCUGGGCAUCCACUUCGACUGCUCGGGGAAGUACAGGUGCCGGUCGUCUUUCAAGUGCAUUGAGCUGACGGCCCGCUGUGACGGGGUGUCCGACUGCAAAGACGGGGAGGACGAGUACCGAUGCGUGCGGGUGAGCGGUCAGAAUGCGGUGCUCCAGGUGUUCACAGCUGCUUCCUGGAAGACCAUGUGCUCGGAUGACUGGAGAGGUCUCUAUGCGAACGUCGCCUGUGCCCAGCUAGGGUUCCCGAGCUAUGUAAGCUCAGACCACCUCCGGCUGGACUUGCUGGAGGAGCAGUUCCAGGAGGACUUUGCGGCCAUCAACCACCUUUUGUCCGAUGAGAAGGUGACCGCUUUGCACCAUUCGGUCUAUGUGAGGGAGGGGUGUGCUUCCGGCAACGUGGUUACCUUGAAGUGCUCAGCCUGUGGCCUGAGGUCAGGCUACGCCCCUCGCAUCGUUGGUGGGAAUAUGUCCUCGCUCGCGCAGUGGCCCUGGCAGGCCAGCCUUCAGUUCCAGGGGUACCACCUCUGCGGGGGCUCUGUCAUCACCCCCUCGUGGAUCGUCACUGCUGCCCACUGUGUUUACGACCUUUACCUCCCCAAGUCCUGGAGCAUCCAAGUGGGUCUAGUGUCCCUGCUGGACAGUCCAGCCCCUUCUCAUUUGGUGGAGAAAAUCAUCUACCACAGCAAGUACAAGCCAAAGAGGUUGGGCAACGACAUUGCCCUCAUGAAGCUGGCCAGGCCACUCACGUUCAACGAGAUGGUCCAACCGGUUUGUCUGCCCAACUCGGAGGAGAAUUUUCCUGAUGGAAAAAUGUGCUGGACGUCGGGAUGGGGGGCCACAGAGGAUGGAGCGGGCGACGCCUCCCCGGUGCUGAACCACGCCGCGGUUCCACUGAUCCCCAACAAGGUGUGCAACCACAGGGACGUGUACGGCGGCAUCAUCUCCCCCUCCAUGCUCUGCGCAGGCUACCUGAAGGGUGGCAUCGACAGCUGUCAGGGGGACAGCGGGGGCCCCCUGGUAUGUCAAGACAGGCGGGCGUGGAAGCUGGUGGGAGCCACCAGCUUUGGUAUCGGCUGUGCGGAGGUGAACAAGCCUGGGGUCUACACCCGCAUCACUGCCUUCCUGGACUGGAUCCACGAGCAGCUGGAGAGGGACCUGAAAACUUGAAGAGGAAGGAGCAGUGCCCACCCUGCCUGGGUGCCAUGGCAGACACAGCCCAUCAUUCUGAGGAUCCGUGCAUGCUGGGAACUGUGCACGCACCUCCAUGCCUGGCCUUCUGGAACUAACAGCAAAGCCACAGGGAGGCACCUUGACACCUGGGACAAAUGGCUCCUAACACCUCCAACUCUCCACUGGGCUGGUUGGCGAAACUGAACUUGAAGUUCCUUUCUGACCUUCACUAAGAGUAAAAGCAGAAAUGCCUCCCAAGUCCUGCCUUCCCCCACUGGUCCAUUUCCCCACAAGGGUAUUUCAGAGUUAAAAAUAAGAAAGGCAAAUGUCAUGUGAAAAGGAAUUAACCGUUGUAUUACUUGUAGGGCUGCAAACCACAAGGUCAGGAGUU